UCGAUAACUAAAAAGCAAGCGCAAAGCUUGCGUGCUAAUUUAUGUAUUGUAUUUAACAAUUUAAUUGAGAAUCGUCAAAGGGAGCAGUUGAAACCGCUGUAGAUGACGUAAUGGAGUCGAUUACCUUUGGAGUUCUGACCAUUAGUGACACCUGUUGCCAGGAGCCGGCAAAGGAUAAAAGUGGUCCCAGGCUGAGGCAACUGAUCGCCGAGUCCUUCACCAAUGCCCAGGUGAUAGAGAGUAUUGUCCCGGACGAGAAGGACCACAUCCAGCGGGUGCUGCGCAAGUGGAUCGAGCGGGAGGAGCUGCGGGUGAUCCUGACCACCGGUGGAACAGGAUUCGCUCCACGGGAUGUGACUCCAGAGGCCACCAGACCGCUGCUGGACAAGGAGUGCCCCCAACUGUCGCUGGUCAUUACCCUGGAAUCCCUAAAAAAGACCCAAUUCGCGGCUCUUUCCCGCGGACUCUGCGGCAUUGCCGGGAAUACCCUGAUCCUUAAUUUUCCCGGCAGCGAAAAGGCCGUAAAAGAGUGCUUCGAGACCGUGAGGGAACUCCUGCCCCAUGCCCUGCAUCUCAUCGGUGACGAGGUGUCUCUGGUGCGCAAAACCCAUGCGGAGGUGCAAGGAUCCGAGCCCAGGGGUCACAUUUGCCCCCAUAAAACGGGGGCAGGUAGUGAUACCGAUCGCAAUUCACCUUUUCCCAUGCUGCCCGUCCAGGAGGUGCUCUCUAUAAUCUUCGACACGGUGCAGAGGACCAGCAGUCUGGACAAGAUCUUGUGGCAGCUGAACUCGCCCGUGAACAUUCCACCCUUCAGGGCUUCCAUCAAGGAUGGCUACGCCAUGAAGUCCACCGGUUUCUCGGGCAGCAAGCGCGUUUUGGGCUGCAUAGCCGCCGGAGAUGCACCCAAUUCAUCGCCACUGGCGGAGGAUGAGUGCUUCAAAAUAAACACAGGAGCACCUCUGCCAUUGGAGGCGGAUUGCGUGGUGCAGGUGGAGGACACAAAACUGCUGCAACGGGACAAGCACGGCCGGGAAAGUCUGGUGGACAUCAUAGUGGAGCCAAUGGCUGGCUUAGAUGUGCGGCCAGUGGGUCAUGACCUAAGCACCAAGGAUCGAGUUUUUCCCGCUCCAGAUCCCUCGCCUGUGGUGGUCAAAUCCCUGCUGGCCUCCGUGGGCAAUCGGCUGGCUGUGCCCAAGCCCAGGGUGGCCAUAGUGUCCACUGGCAGCGAGCUACUCUCUCCACGUGAUCAACCCACUCCGGGCAAGAUCUUCGACUCGAAUACCACGAUGUUGGCGGAACUGCUGCUCUACUUUGGUUUCGACUGCGUGCACACGAGUGUGCUAAGCGAUAGCUUUGAACAGACGAAGGAAUCGCUGUCUGAUCUCUUCGAGGUGGUAGACUUUGUCAUCUGCAGCGGCGGUGUCUCAAUGGGCGACAAGGAUUUCGUGAAGCCCGUGCUGGAGGACCUCCAGUUUAAGCUUCACUGCGGCCGGGUGAACAUGAAGCCAGGCAAGCCCAUGACCUUCGCCAGCCGCAAUGAGAAGUACUUCUUCGGCCUGCCCGGGAAUCCAGUGUCCGCCUUUGUCACAUUCCACCUGUUCGCCCUGCCCGCCAUCCGCUGGGCUGCCGGCUGGGACCGUCAGAAGUGCUCCCUGCCCGUGAUCAAUGUGAAGUUACUGAACGGUUUCUAUUUGGAUAGCCGUCCGGAGUUUGUUCGUGCCUCAGUGAUUUCCAAGUCUGGAGAGCUGUACGCCAGUGUUAAUGGAGAUCAGAUAAGCAGCCGCCUACAGAGCAUUGUGGGCGCGGAUGUUUUAAUCAACCUGCCAGCAGCAACCUCUGAUCGACCAAUGGCGAAAGCUGGCGAAGUUUUCCCCGCCUCCGUGCUGCGAUACGACUUCAUCUCCAAGUACGAAUAGGAAUAGCUACCAAGACAGACGCCAAGAAGCCUGCAUAACCCUCGAAUGUUAGACAAGACGGGACAAUACGCCUUCGUAGAUUAGCA